CACAGCUGGUUUUUGCGCGGAUCUGCUGCCAAGCGGUGCAUAGCCAGCCAAGCGAUAGGCCAGGUUUCGUAGACGUCUGACGGCUGCGGGGGCAAGCUCCCGCUGUUCCUGGAAGAGCGGGCACGCCGUCAAGGGCGGCAACAACUGAACCAGCGCUGCAGAGGAAAUUAUCCGCCGCAAGGCUGUGCCGGACGGGCGCGCGUUGUUGAGUGAGCUGUGGACUCAAAAAAAUAAUUGCAAAGGACUGCGCGCGGCGCAUGUCUCGAACCAUGCUCUCCUCAGUCAACGACGCGGCGCAACACGUCGCGAGGGCCUCGUCGUCGGACCACCUGGCCGACGUCGGGCGCGCGGCGGAGAAAAAGCUCGACCCGAAGCGCUACAAAAAGUACGCGCCGCCCGUCGCCUGCGCCGUGGCCGCCGCGGCCGUCGCCGUCGCCCUGUUCUCGAGCCCGCCGCUCCCGCCGCCGCCGCCGCCGCCGCGGCCACGGCUGCCGUACGCGAGCGACCCGACGCGGCCGCACAGUUUUUAUGGUCUCGCCUGGUGGCUGCCGUGCUGCGCGACCUACCGCACCGAGGGCCUGACGGCGCGGCCCGUCACAAUCAUACCCGUCAAAAAAAAGAGGUGGCGCCGGACGCGGGCCUCGCCGGCGAUCGAGGGCCUCCGAAACAGCGCCACUUAUUUACGGAAGGCGCGCGGGCGCAAGGCCGCCUACCCCGUCCACGCGCAGCCCUUCAUGGACGGCAUCCAGGCCCUCAUGCCGACGUUUGGCGCCUUCGGGAGCGCGAUCCACGCCGCCGCGGCGAAGGACGUCGAGGGCAACGUGAAAAAAUUAAGGAGGAACGGCGCGCCCCUCGUGCCGCUCCACACCUUAAUAAGGGACGAGGUCGCACUGCACAACGCGACGCACCCCGACAGCACGGCCCAGGCGUUCGUCUGGCUCAAGCGCAUAUUGAACUUCAUGAGCCACUUCUUCGACACCUUAGAUAGGCGGCCGGACCUCGAGCUGAACGGGUGCCUGACGCGGGCCUACGAGGCCCAUUUGGGGCCCUACCACAACGUCGUCUUCCGGCAGCUGGCCGUCGUGCUCAUGCAGGUCAUCCCGGACCGCGCGGCGAUGCUCGAGCUGUUCGGGGUGUCGACCUUCGCGGAGCUGCGGCCGCACCUCGCGGCGUGGACGCACGAGACGUACCCGCUCAUCGCGAAGAUCGACGCGUUUUACGUCGCGAACCGGCUGCAGCCCUGACCCCGCCACGGGGCUCGGGGAGAUAGAAUUAG